AAAAUAUUCAGGCUAAAAUUGAAUAAAAAAAGGAUGGGGGGAUGUGAAUAUAUAAAAUGCUCUAAACCAAAAAGUCUCAUCCAAAUUAAUGGUUGGAAACCUAUAUCUUUUGAGGCGAUAACAGAUAAUCCUGAAGAGUUGGUAUCAAAUUUAUUUCGUGAAAUUUCAACACAUAUGACACUUAAAAUAUUGGCUAAACAUUCACAAUCUGAAUCGAAUGGUCAGUGCCUUACAGAAUUGAAACAGAGACUUCUUAAAACUGCUAUAGAACAGCAACCACGUAUUUUGACCACAGCAAAUGGACAAGAAGUUAAGGAAAUUCUUCAAAACGUCAUACAAAACGAUCAACAAUGUUCUGCUUGGUCUAACCGUGAACAAAUGCAAGCAGUUAAUGAAUGGUUAGAACAAAUGGCUACACAACAAGAUGAAAAUAAUAAAAAGAGUUCACAUUAUGGAACUCGUUUUAGUCCAUUGAGUGAAAUGCCUCGUUUGGAACGUUGGUUUCGCUCAGAUUCAAAUCCUUCAAGACAAAAAUUGAUUAAUUAUAUGAAUAUUUUAAAUUCUUCCUCAUUUCGUCGUGUAAACAAUAAAGUAACUUAUCAACAAAUUUGUAAUUGGUUUGCAAAUCAAAGAAGAACAAUGCAACGUUUAGCAGCACAACAACAACAAGCUCAAGCAGUACAAGCAACACAACAAUCACAACAAUUACAGCAACAACAACAAAGACAAUCUUGCUCUUCAAAUUCGUCUUCGUCUGGAACUGCUAUAAAUGGAAUUGUUGGUAAUGGAGGAAUUGGAGGUGGACCUUUAGCUAUAUUACCUUUAAAUGCUACUGGUGUUGGUAAUAACAAUAAUAUUGCUGCUGUUGAAAAUCAAGUACAAGAACAACAAUCACAACAAAACCAGUCUUGCUCUUCCGCUUCAUCUCCAGGAGUUGUUGUAAAUGUUGGAAGUAAUGGAGGAGGAAUUUAUUCUAUGAAUAAUCAACCUUUGACUACUUUAAUGACUUCAAAUGCUGUUUCUAAUGUUGGUGGUGGAAAUGGAGGAGGAGGUGGAAAUAUUGAAAAUCAAACUUCACUUAAUCAUCAACAUCAUCAAAAUUUAAAUAAUAACAACUCCAACACCAAUUUAUUUUAUUCAUUAGCCUCAGCAUUAGCAACUGGGAAUAUGGAUACAGCAAUUCAUUUACAACAAAAAAUGGCUUCACUUUUUGCUUCUGGAUUAAAUAAUUCAAAUAAUUGUGAUGGAAAAUCUGUGGAAAAUGACGAAAAUAAUGUACAUAUUCCUUUAGCAAAUGGUCCUCCAAUUGUUGAUAUUCGUUCAAAAUUUGUUGAUAAUAAUGGAAAUAAUUCUAUGGAUUUUUCUCACCAACAAUCUUGUUCUUCUACAAAUGAUUCUAAUAAUAAUAACAAUUUUUCUUCUGCUUAUUCAUUAUCUGCUUCAAACAACAUGGCAAAUAAUAAUACAGCAACAGCUUUAAUUAAUAAUGUUGGUUCUUCACCUUCAUAUUCUUCAAUUUCACCAAUAAAAUUAGAAUCUGGAUUACUAAAUUUUAAAUUAGAAAAUGAAUUUUCUUCUCCACCACCACAACAACAAAAUAUUGAUGGACAAAACAAUGUUGGGGCGAAUGGUGGGAAUGGUAAUUCUGCUAAUCAAUCAAGAUCGAGAUUAAUGUUUGAUCCGUUAAGUGAAUUGGUUUGUUUUUUGAAAAAAAAAUUUUUUCAAAUUUAUUGUUGUUUCGGCAGGAGGGAGGGUUUUAGAUUACUCGAAACCUGGCCCGAUAAACUUUUGAAAAGCCCCAACUCACACACCUUUUCUGUGGGAUUUACCCACACGUAUUUCCUUAUAAAGUGUCCAGUUUUUUUCUCUUCUAUUGCCAAAUUCGUUUUAUCCGGCUUCUCUUACUUAACCCCAUCGAACAUAAUUUUUAGAUGA